AUUUGCUUCACCUCAAAACUCUGGCUGCUACGCGCUAUUGAGAUCGAACUGACGAUUCGACCUCAGGCAAGAUGCCUUCCAAUCACCACAUCUCCGAAUCGACACCUCUCCUUCACCACAUCGUGCCCCAACACAUCCACCCAGAUGGAGAGAGCGGUCGCACUGGUUUUCAAGCUUCGCACUUCGCCAGUGUGGCCUGGAGAUCUGGCAGUAAUGCAGCAAAAUGGACCAAUUUUCUUUGGCCUGUCGUACCUGUAGCCUUCAUCUUGCACUUCGCCUUUCCCAGCAACCCGCUUACUAUUUUCGCGCUCAGCUACAUCGCGAUGAUUCCAGUUGCAAAUCUGCUCGGUUUCGCUGGUCAGGAGUAUGCGCGAAAGAUGCCCAAGGUGUCUGGCAUCCUCAUUGAGACGGCGUUUGGGUCAAUUGUUGAAAUCAUCCUGUUCAUCAUCCUGAUUGCGAAGCACACGGCAUCAGAAGGCUCCUCUGAGCAUGGCAAUCUCAUUCCCGUCAUUCAAGCCGCUAUCUUGGGCUCGAUCUUGACCAACCUGUUGCUAUGUCUUGGACUUUGCUUCUUUGUUGGCGGUCUGCGUCAGGCGAGACAAAAGUUCCACGCUUCUAUUAGCGAAGUUGGUAGCGGUCUGCUUCUGGUCGCUGGUUUUGGUCUGCUCAUUCCCAGCGCCUACUAUUCCGCCUUGAAGGGAUCCGCUGUUCACAAAGCCACCAAGCACCACGAGUUCACUGAGAAGAUUCUACAGCACAAUGUCCUCAAGAUCAGUCAGGUCACAUCAAUUCUGCUGAUGAUUGCCUUCGCUAUCUUCAUCUUCUACAAUGCCCGCUCGCAGCACUCCAUAUUCGACGAGGUGUUGGAAGCAGACGAGCACGCGGAUCUUGAUCAUCACGAGGAUGUUGCAAAGCAAAAGUUCACGUUCACGGAGUGCAUUGUCGCCAUCGUGUUGUCUCUUGCCAUCGUGACCAUGCUUGCGGUCUUCCUUGUCGUCCGCAUCGAAGAUGUUGUCGAAGCCGGUAUCCCUGACCAGUUCCUCGGUCUGAUCAUGCUUCCUCUCGUCGAAAAAGCCGCAGAGCAUCUGACCGCUAUUGAUGAAGCUUGGGAUGGACAGAUCAACUUUGCUCUCUUCCACUGCAUCGGUCCUUCGAUCCAGACUGCACUCUUCAAUGCUCCUUUGGUGGUGGUGGUUGGAUGGGCACUGGGAAAGGAUAUGGAUCUCAACUUCGAGAUCUUCAUGAUCGUCUUGCUUGUUUUGUCCAUUGUCGUAGUCGGCAACUUCUUGCGUGAUGGCGAGUCAAACUAUCUUGAGGGUUCUCUUCUUGUGAUUGUCUACAUCAUUAUCGCCGUCGCAUCUUGGUACUAUCCCAACCCAGAUGUUGCCACGUCCAACGGAGGACUUGACGGUUAAGCACCAGCAUUGCACUAAUCGUAAUCAGCUGGAGUCAGGUUGGCACCCCAAUCAGUCCACUAAAGACCUGCAUUUCCCCUGAAAUUCAAGCCCAGAAUUCAAUACCGAACACAUGGGGGCGAGCUGCAGGGUGCGUGUUAGUUGAUACAUAGGACGCUAGAUAUGAUCUGUUGUUCAUGAUUUGACAUUAUUCGUCGCUAUAUACCAUCAAGCAUGCCCAAUUACAAGCUUCGUUAUGUACAAACGAC